CGGGGGUAAGGCGUCUCCAUCCACCAUAUUACUGUCUCACCGGCUUUAAGAUGAGCCCCAGAGUGGGCAAAGCGACGUCUUACUGGUUGCUAUGCUCGCUUUUCUCAGGUUCAGGUACCUAGAAUGGCAGAUUCAACUACGGAUUCGGGGCUGGCGGCCGCUUAUAGGCCACGUCGUCUUAUAUCUUGCCCAAGAUUGUCGCAAGCUGCGCCAGCGAUAUUGCUCUACAAGGAGGCCCUGGUACCUGUUCUUUGGUUCUUACCAGUAAGGCGUUGCGCCCACUGGUCAGCUUAUACAUGCGGUAGAUCCAUCACCGUUCCAUCUCAGCUGAAUAUAUAGUCCCAUUGAGGAACACUGCUGUCAACAGAUAUUUCUCCCCUUCUCAAGACCGAACAGGGAUCCGACAGCGAUGGCCGACAACGGCAACACCACAUUUCCGGAGACAGAUCCUGAACUCGCUGCGAUAUGGAGGGAGAAGGGGAUGCCGAAAUUCUUCCUUCCCCGGAUUGACAAGAUGCCUCAAACGCGUCGUAUCCUCGCCCAAGGCAACGUCCGGUUCAUGAAGAGCGCUUUCGUCCGACAGACCUUGGGCGAUCAAGUCCUCUGGACAGAAGAAGACAGGUCGGUCGUCGCCCGCGACGGGCAUUCGGUCACUAUUCGGAUCUAUCGCCCCAAAUCACAUCCCGGGCCCCGGCCUGUCAUGGUGUAUGCGCACAGCGGAGGCUGGUGCAUGGGUGGACUCGACACCGAGGAGUUCCUCUGUCGGCUCCUGUCCAUGAGGCUGGGGAUCAUCAUCGUCAGUGUCGCAUACCGCCUCGCCCCUGAAUGGUCAUAUCCCACUGGCGUCUAUGAUGUGUACGACGUCAUCAAAUGGCUAUCAGUCAAUGCGAAAACGAUCGGCGGAGAUCUGUCCAGAGGCUUUCUCACUGGCGGCGCGUCAGGCGGUGGGAAUUUGACGUGCAUGGCUACCAUCAUGGCAAGAGACGACAAGUUAGAUCCCCCUCUCACAGGACAUCUCUUCAUCUGUACCGGCUUCCCCCACGACUACACGGACAGAAAAGGGACCAAGGUGGUCCUCUUCCCAGAACAGUUGUUGCAUGGGAGUUGGGAAAGGUACAAGAACGGGCCAGUCGCGACUCGGGAGAUGAACGACCUCUAUGGCAAAAUAUCCAAUUUCGACGCACAUGAUCCCUAUGUGACUCCCUUGACCCGGACAGACUACUCCGGACUGGGCCCGGUGUUCUAUCAGGUCGCCGAGAUGGACAUCUGGCGGGACAGCGCACUCUUCUACUGCAACAAAAUCAAAGAGGCCGGCGGUCAAGUCAAGGUGGAAAUAUAUCCUGGCGUGCCGCAUCUAUGGUGGUCCAUGUACCCGCAACUGUCAAUCAACAGGAAAUGGAUUCAAAAUCUGAUGAAGGGCGUCGAGUGGCUGCUGAGCCAGACGCGGGAGGCUCAUAUCCCUUCUAAACUCUGAGAGGAGAUAAAACAGGAAUGCUGAGGGUCGGCUGUACACUGGUGCAUGAUGCUGGAUGCUUGUGCAACCAGUUACGGCAAUUGUUUGCUUCUCGCAUACGAGACUGUCGAACAAUCACAGCCAUGAGAGACUCGGGGGACGGAAGCUGUUAUUCACCUGGACAUCGCUUUCUCCAGAUGCCACAUCUGGAACGAGGCUCAGGCUCGAACCCGUUAGCAUUACCAUUGACGGCGAAGAUGACCAGAUGCAUCAUCGAACUUAUCUCGGGAUGUUUCAUGGCGGAGGUUCCCCAUCUGUUUCUCCUCCUUCUCGACGUUCAGUGAUUGUUUGCUUCCUUCUGCAUUGGGUACCGGCGUCCUAUACUGUGUCACCAUCGAGUCCAUGUCUCACGACACUGUGUUUCUCCAACAUGAAGAGGGAAAAGGAACUCGCCAUUGACAAUUACUUCGUUGGAUGCAUUGUACCCUGGUAAGGGCGCCCGU